CGCCGCCAAAAUGGCGUACCAGACCUUCCGGCAAGAGUACCUGCAGGUGCCUCCCGUCACCCGGGCCUACACCACCGCCUGCGUCCUCACUACUGCCGCAGUGCAAUUAGAAUUAAUCACACCAUUUCAGCUGUACUUCAACCCUGAACUGAUAUUCAAGCACUUUCAAGUAUGGAGGCUAAUCACCAACUACCUUUUCUUUGGACCGGUUGGCUUUAACUUUUUGUUUAACAUGAUAUUCUUAUAUCGCUACUGCCGAAUGCUUGAGGAAGGCUCCUUUCGAGGACGGACAGCAGACUUCGUGUUCAUGUUCCUUUUUGGUGGACUCUUAAUGACUCUCUUUGGCUUGUUUGUCAACUUGGUUUUCUUAGGCCAGGCAUUUACAAUAAUGCUAGUGUAUGUCUGGAGCCGCAGGAACCCUUUUGUCCGCAUGAAUUUCUUCGGCCUUCUCAUCUUUCAAGCACCCUUCCUUCCAUGGGUUCUCAUGGGAUUUUCACUCUUACUGGGAAACUCCAUUAUUGUUGACCUCCUGGGCAUUGCUGUAGGUCACAUAUAUUUUUUCUUGGAAGACGUCUUCCCAAAUCAACCCGGGGGUGGAAAGCUGCUCAAAACACCAUCAAUUCUGAAAGCAAUAUUUGAUACACCAGAAGAUGACCCCAAUUAUAACCCACUGCCUGAAGAGCGGCCUGGCGGCUUUGCCUGGGGCGAGGGCCAGCGCCUUGGAGGCUGACUACAGGCUGCUUGGCUAACACGCAACCAACUUCUCUGGGGACAGGCGAGAGUCACAUGGGAGAUGUACCUGCCAUGUUGCGGAGGAAGGAAGUGUCGACAGCUUUAUUAGUGUGAACAUACAAGACCCCUUUUUUCCAAAGAAAGAAGAUAUAAAAUGGUGUUCUGCCAAACAUACCUUUUCCAGGAAAUUGACGGGAAUAUCAUGCUCUCUCGGGAGCUAUCCUUGCAUUGAGUGGUUCAGGAAUGAGUUUUCCAAGCCAAGACAAACUGAAAAUGCAAGCUUUCUCAACACAUUUAGUGAGAUCAUCAGUUGUUGUGUUAAAAAGAAAAACAAAUUAUUUCUAAGGCUUUUUUUUCAAUUUUAUUUGAUACAGGGACUGGAGAACUUCAAAAGAUGAAUAAAACUUUUGAUUUUC